AAUAAACUAAGCGUAAACUCUAUAAAUCCCCCGAGCUGUUUCACAGGGUGUUAAGAAAUUGGCUAACAAUUACAUGGUUUUUUUCACCCUGUGUAAAUAAGCUUUCAACUUUUUUCGAAAACUUUUCUGGGCGUUUGUUGUGACACCAAAUAAUUUAUCUACAAUUUGGCGUAGAAACAAUGGAAAUCGAUGAAAAAUUACAAAAGUUCUUGAACAACGAACUUUUAGGUGGCCGAGUUUUUUGCCGGUGAGUGUAUGUAGUAACGUUACUGCUACGAAACCGAGUUAGUGGAAAAUCGGCAUGCGGCGCUUUUUCCAGACGAUGACAAAUUUCCCGCUUGCUUUUCCUUGUGGGGCAGUGUACCCGUCAGUGUAAAGAUAACCAUAGCCUCAUAAUGUCCACAGUUUUCCGACCUGCGGUUGCGCUCUCACUUUGUCAGUGGAAUACGUUUUCUAAUAGCGAGGACAGUUCGAUUUGUUUACUGGAAAAUAUUCUAGUUCAUCUGGACGCUAGUUUGAAUUGGAUCAGGAAAUAAUUGUUCGUGCAACUGAUGCAGAAAAGGAAUUUAUUCGGCCAAUAGCAUUGUUUCGAAACAAAAGAUUGAUAUGACGACAAUUGUAAGCAAUGGUCAUCAUCAUGAGGACUAUGCUAAAACUGUUUUUGGUGGAGGUCGUGGAGAUCAUGAAGCUGAGCAAGUAGUGGAGGAGUCAGAAACAUGCGGUAAAAUCUUGACUGUGCUAUCAUGGAUUCUGGUAUGCUUGACUAUGCCAUUCUCCUUGAUGGUUUGCUUCAAGGUUGUACAAGAAUAUGAACGUGCUGUUAUAUUUCGUCUGGGUCGCCUUCUUUCAGGAGGAGCCAAGGGACCAGGAAUAUUCUUCAUUCUUCCCUGUAUCGAUGCUUACGCAAGAGUUGAUCUAAGGACAAGGACAUAUGACAUUCCUCCCCAAGAGGUCCUGACGAAAGACAGCGUGACGGUGUCGGUGGACGCGGUGGUCUACUACAGGGUGUCCAACGCAACAGUCUCGAUCGCGAAUGUGGAGAACGCCCACCAUUCCACCCGUCUGCUGGCCCAAACCACCCUGAGGAACAUAAUGGGACAGAGACCGCUUCACGAGAUUUUGAGCGAGCGGGAGAGCAUCUCCCAGCACAUGAAAGCACUGCUCGACGAGGCUACGGACUCCUGGGGCAUCAACGUGGAGAGGGUCGAGAUAAAAGACGUUCGUUUACCAAUUCAACUCCAGAGGGCCAUGGCCGCCGAAGCAGAGGCUGCCAGGGAGGCUCGCGCCAAGGUCAUAGCGGCCGAGGGUGAACAGAAGGCCUCCAGAGCACUCAGAGAAGCUUCCGAGGUCAUCGGGGACUCCCCUGCCGCCCUCCAGUUGCGAUAUCUGCAGACUCUUAACACAAUAUCAGCGGAGAAGAAUUCCACGAUUGUUUUUCCUUUACCGAUUGAUAUGAUAACGUAUUUCAUGAAGGCCAAAGAAGCUAUGUAGAUUCGUGAGAGGAAAAAAUUCAACCAUGCCUCUGUAAAAGGACUCGCAGUCAUUGAGAUUGAAAGAUAACCCAGAGCCAAAUCUCUGACACCACUUGAAUGUAAGUUUUUUCACUUGUACUUGCACAUAUGUAUUGAGAUUUUAAGGAUUAUUAUAAAAUAAUAUAUAAUAUUAUAUAUGAUGUUUCAAAUUUAUAUCAGUAUUCUAUAUGUCAUGUGUGGACACUGUAAUUUAAGAAUUAUUAAAUAAAGUAUGGUAAGGCAACGUU